AUGGAGAGCUUCCUGGGAGGCCGCAAAGCCGCCCUUCAGGUACCCGCCACGCCAUAUAUAGAUGUAGAAAUACAGGCUGCUUUUAAAAGGGACGGUCUCGUGAGAGGAAAUUGUGUCACCCUGGGCAGGGAUGCGGAGCUGGGUGCGGAGCUGUAAAUAUCAUGGAUAUGAGUGUGUGUGUGUGUGUGUACAGCAUCAUAUCUGUAUAUAUGUAUAUAUGUGUAUAUAUAUAUAUAUAUAUAUGUGUGUGUGUGUGUGUGUGUGUGUAUAUAUAUAUAUAUAUAUAUAUAUAUAUAUAUAUAUGUGUGUGUAUAUACAGUGUGUGUGUGUGUGUGUAUAUAUAUACACACACACACACACAUAUAUAUAUACAUAUGUGUGUAUAUGUAUAUAUGUAUAUAUAUAUAUAUAUAUAUACAUAUACACACACACACACACACACACACAGUGGUACCUCGGGUUACAUACCCUUCAGGUUACAGACUCCGCUAACCCAGAAAUAAUGCUUCAGGUUAAGAACUUUGCUUCAGGAUGAGAACAGAAAUCGUGCUCCAGCGGCGCAGCAGCAGUGGGAGGCCCCCAUUAGCUAAAGUGGUGCUUCAGAUUAAGAACAGUUUCAGGUUAAGUACAGACCUCCGGAACAAAUUAAGUACUUAACCCGAGGUACCACUGUAUAUAUAUAUAUAUACACACACACACCUACAUACCUAUAUAUGAGAGAAAUAGAUUAUUAUUAUUACAAUUUAUUGCCUGCCCAACAAUUGAAACACAAUACUGUAGUAAAAACUGUUUGAAACAGCUUAAAAUUACAGAAACAAGGUGGGUCCUAAAAAGAGAUAGAUACAUACUUACAUACAUUCCUCCCUUCCAUAUUUGUGUGCAUAUACAUUUCCUCUAUUAUUAUAUUACUUAAUAGGGUUGCUAUAUUUCAAAAAGUGAAAAUCUGGACCCUGUUAUUAUUAUUACUAUUUGGCCCAAAGUUGUUGAGCUAUGUCUAUAUCUGAUAUGUCUAUAUCUUUUUCUUGGGUAGAGUCGUCAUAGCGAUCCAUAGUCCUCUUUUGUGUCCAUGUUUUGCUCUUCAAAAUAUGGCAACCCUGUUUUUCCGCACUGACCGGCAGCAGCAGCAGCUCUCCAGGGUUAUGCCAAUGUGGGGUUGAGCCUGGGACUGUCAGCACGCACUCUGAACCCCUGAGCUACGGAGGUCUUUUGGACAGCGGGUGCAUAUAUGUCUGUACAGUUGUGAUAGGAAUUUUAUGGUCUUAGAUAUAUGGUAAUGUUCAUAAGUGUACCAACCAAGCACGUACAUAGAUCAGCACAGGAAGACCCACCUGAAACCAUUUUGAUUCCUAAACCGAGCAAGUGUUUUCUCUGCAAGGUCAAAGUGGGAAACCUCCCAUUGUCUCUUUCUUCACAAAUCUUGUCUUAAGGGCACAUUUAAGAUAUGAAUAAGGUGUGAGCCUGUGACCUGGCUCAGGAACUAAGUAUUUAUCAUUACAAAAGACAAAAGGCUACCCAGGCAAUCCAAUCAGGUAACCUGCCAGACAGGAGAUAAACAACAUUCAAAUUUCUGUUUUAGACCGCCUUUUCUGUGAUGUAGGUAUGAUGUAUCUGAGGGGUGGUCUUAGGUUACACCCCUUCUGUGAUGUAUGUAUGAUGUUUCUGGGGGUGGUCUUGAUCUACAGGGUGGCGAGGCGAUUUCAAAAGUCUUUAUAAGGCCUUGCACGCCAUUUUUCUGGGUUCCUCCUCCUCUCCCGUGUGCAAGGGGAGCACAGAUCAAUAAAGAUCAAGCUUACUAGCUGCUUUGCUUCUCAAUAUUCUCAAUAUUCUCUGGUUGGCCUCUGUUCUUUUCUCCUACCAAUAGGGAACCUAUGUAAGGACUCUAUGGGCUCUUGGAUACCCCAUAAGGGAAAAGGGCAAUUUUUGUUUACAACACAGUCGUGCACUGGAAGUCGAAAGGAAUCCGUUCCGGAAGUCCGUUCGACUUCCAAAACGUUCGGAAACCAAAGUGCGGCUUCUGAUUGGCCCCGGAAACAAUGCCGACAGCUGAAACAGAUGUUCGGCUUCUGAAAAACCUUUGCAAACCGGAACACUUACUUCCGGGUUUGCUGCGUUCAGGAGUCGAUUUGUUCGUCAGCAAAGCCGUUCAGGAACCAAGGUACCGCUGUAUCUAAGGAGUAAACCCUACACAAAUCCGUAGUGGGGUCCCUAAGAUGGUUGGAUGGUGCCUUGUACGCCUCCUUCCAGUAACUCCUGCAGCCCAGCUGGUGCCAAAUAUUUUGCUCUGCUUUGCUUUGGACCACCGAUAUGUAACAAAGGAAAUCCUCUGUGUUGCAACACAGGCAACUCUAAACACAUGGCUAGUAAUGGUCUAACAAAAUAUUUGUAACGCGUAUUAUUUCAACAAUUCUUAAACAGAAAAUAUGUUACAUCAUCGCAAGCUGAUGAAGAGUUACUAUCGAAACAAUUCAUCAUCUGGAAAAACUGCUCUAUGUUUGGAGCGUCCAUUACUGCACGGUUACAGGAUUGCAACUGUUGAAAGGCUUACAGUCAUACCUCGGGUUACAGCCACUUCAGGUUGCGUUUUUUCGGGUUAUGCCCCGCCGAAACCUGGAAGUACCGGAACAGGUUACUUCCGGGUUUCGACUGUCACACAUGCGCAGAAGCGCUAAAUCGCGCUUUGCGCAGAAGCAUCGAAUUGCAACACGUGCAUGCACAGACGUGCCACUGCGGGUUGCGAACGUGCAUCCCGCACGGAUCACAUUCUCAACCCGAGGCAUCCACUGUACAGUGGUACCUCGGCUUAAGUACUUAAUUCGUUCCAGAGGUCCGUUCUUAAUCUAAAACUGUUCUUAACCUGAAGCACCACUUUAGCUAAUGGGGCCUCCUGCUGCCGCCGCGCCGCCAGAGCACGAUUUCUGUUCUCAUCCUGAAGCAAAGUUCUUAACCUGAGGUACUAUUUCUGGGUUGGUGGAGUCUGUAACCUGAAGCAUAUGUAAGCUGAAGUGUAUGUAACCCAAGGUACCACUGUAUUUGCCUCUUUGAUACUGAUUGAUUACAUUCUCUAAUUUUGUUCAUGCAAUAUUGAUUGAUUUUCAUUAUUUGUGACUCCAUUACAUAUUUUCUGUUUAAGAACUGUGAAAUGAUACGUGUGACAAAUAUUUUGUUAGAACAUUAUUAGCCGCGUGUUGCCUGUGACUGUAGAGUUUCAUUUGGACCACAGCAGCGAGGCCAAGAGGGGGGGUCUUGUUAUCUGGGCAACCCAUGACCUCCAGACCCGCUGCCCAAGCUUGCGCCCAGGGGAGGUCGCUUCAGUGCUGCACCCCCAGAGGGGCACUCCAUUGUCUCUCGAGACAGACGGGUGCCAACAGCAAGAAGUCCACCCAAAGUGGAUGAUCCUUUGCUAAGAACAGUUCCAGUUACUUUUCGUGUCUGCAAAGGGAGUUUGCUGUUGAGACGAAGAGCAGUUCUUUGCCCGAAGGUAAAGUGAGGCUCCAACCAUGUGCUCCACACCGCGUUCUUCAAAGCGACGAUUCGGUUCCAGGGAGGAUUGAACCGGCCUGCGGUGGCUUUCAGAAAGCCGACAGAUAUUUUAGGAUUCUCCGCCAUGAAGCAGCCUAGUAAUUGGGAGAAGGGGUUAGAAAAGGAAAACAAGAAAAAGUUGUUGCGCUAAGGGUUGUUGUUUUUUAAACUCAGGCGAUCCAAAAAUAAGAAACGGGUGUUUUGUUUUGCAACUGUUUAUAAAACUUGUUUUUCUGGAAGGAACAAUGAGAGGAUUGUUUAAGGAGGCCUGCGCCAAUCUGGUGUUUUGGGGUUGGAGUCACACAACAUCUGGAGGGCACCAAGUUGCUGAAAGCCAGUUUGAGGACAAAUUAGAUUCGUUUGAGGUUUAAUUAAGCCUGCUCGUCAGACAGUGAUUAGACAAAUUGGUGAGGGAUCAGUCCGGUGGUGGCUUUGUCUCUGGCCACCUUGCAACCCUCCCCACCCCUUAAGCAUAUGUGGAACCUCAGGCCAUGCAGAUGAAUGCGGCCCCCAAGCCUCUCUAUCUGGCCCUCAGGACUCUCCUCGGGCCACACCCCUCACCAGCCCUGCUCCACCCCUCCCUUGAGUGUUUCUGCCUGGCUGGAAUGUGUCCUUGAACUCUGCUCAUGCCUCUUGCUUGCCAGAUGGAGGUCUGUGCGCAUGUAGAAACUUCUUGACUUGUGUCUGGAAGGCAGCCAGAUUUACAGAAGAGUCAUGUGCAUUGCUGUACUCUCUUUCUCCUGGCCCCCAGAAGGUUCCCAGUGAGAGGAUGCGGCCCUCAGCCUGAAAAAGGACUGCCUGCCCUGAUAUAUGGAAAGGCGGUACAGUAUCUAAAAUUGAUCCAGUUACGUAGAUGGAACUUCCAGCUUCAAAGGCAGUCUAUCAUUGAUUACUGGAUGCCCAAGACAAAUGGCAGGAUCCACCAUGUCCUGCUGGUGAGCCAGGAAGCUCAACCGGGUCAGCCCUGGGUCUGAACCACCACUGGGGUUUCUUCUUACAUUCACAGUCUCAUGAAAGUUCAAACCUGGAAGCAUCUUUCCAGCAAGGAAAUCAAAGAAGAAAAAAUCCUAGGCAGCUGAAUCCAUCUUUUUUUUCUUUUCCUAAAUAUGCUCUAUUGGAGGGGGGAGAGAAUGAGGGUGUUUCUGAGCACAAGCAAAGUGCCUUUCCAAACCUGUCAUAUAACCACAGUGGGGACCGCUAGUACCUGGGAUUGGGACCAUUGCCUCGAGCUCAUGUUCGGGAUGAAAUCUAGGGUGAGCGGCACCUCUGUUUCCUUUUGACAAUCACUGUUUUAUUUGCAGUUGCCAUGAUGAUUUAUUCCCCCCCUCCUCCCUUUGUUGGUUUGUAUAAGAAAAAAGCCAUCUGCGCUGGGCGCAUUGUCAAAGCGUGGCAUCUGAGUGCUUACAAUCUCUUCUUCUAUACCGUUUAUUGUGUGUCUCUUCCUUUUUUUCCAUUUUUAAAACAUGAAUCAUUCUUCUCUCGUGAUUGUUGAAUGCAAUAACAGCACCGCAACCGGCCUUUGGCAGUCAGCAGAGCCCCAGAGGCUAGGCCAGCAAAGCGUAGAGCAGGCAUAGGCCCUCCAUAUGUUUUUGGGACUAAUCCAGCAGCCUCUUCUUAUGCUCUUAAAUUGGUGGUUAUUAUUACUGCCUCCUGUGGCAGGGGGUUCCAUAGUUUCACUGUGCUGCAUGAAGAAAUUCUUCCUUUUUAUCUGUCCAGAAUCUUCUACCGUUCAGUUUCAUUGGGUGUUUUGAGAGAGGGAGAAAAACAUCUCUCCAUGCCCAGCAUUCAUGGGAUGCGGGUGGCGCUGUGGGUUAAACCACUGAGCCUAGGACUUGCUGAUCAGAAGGUCGGCGGUUCAAAUCCCCGCGACGGGGUGAGCUCCCGUUGCUCGGUCCCUGCUCCUGCCAACGUAGCAGUUCGAAAGCACGUCAAAGUACAAGUAGAUAAAUAGGUACCGCUCCGGCGGGAAGGUAAAUGGCGUUUCCAUGCGCUGCUCUGGUUCGCCAGAAGCGGCUUAGUCCUGCUGGCCACAUAACCCGGAAGCUGUACGUCAGCUCCCUCGGCCAAUAAAGCGAGAUGAGCGCCACAACCCCAGAGUCGGCCACGACUGGACCUAAUGGUCAGGGGUCUCUUUACCUUUUUAUGCCCAGCAUUAAUUCACAAAGCUUCUACUGUGUUGCCUGUAAUAAACGUAGAUCUGCCCUUAUUCCCUUCUGGGGGACACAAGAGUCCUUUGCAGGUUCUCCAUCGGUCAGAGAAAAUAACAGGCCAACCAGAGAAUAUUGAGAAGCAAAGCAGCUCGUGAGCCUGAUCUUUAUUAAACUGUUGCAACAGGGUGCCCCCUUCACAUGCAGAAGAAAGAGGAGGUCACAGAACCAAGGUGUGCCCGCCCUUAAAUAGACGUUUUAAAUUGACAGCCCUGGAGUCCAAGACCACCACCAGAAACAUCAUACAUACAUCACAGAAGGGGUGUAGAGUAAGACCACCCCCCCAGACGCAUCAUACCUACAUCACCGAAAGGGUGGUCUACAACAGAAAUCUGAGUGCGUUGUUUACUUCCUGUCUGGCCGGUUACCUGUUAAUGCUCACUUGAUUGGAUACCCUGGGGAGCCUGGCCAGUCUUUUGUAAUGAUAAAUACUUAGUUCCUGAGCCAGGUCACAGGCUCACCCUAUUCAUACACAGACAUACCCUUAAGACAGGAUUUGUGAAGGAAAAGACAAUGGGGAGGCUUUUCCAUUUUCCUUGACCUUGCGGAGAAAUCAUUUGGUCAGUUUGGGAGUCAAAAUGGCUCCAGGGCUGUUUCCCUGUGCUGCUUCAGACAUGUGGUUUAUAUAUUUAUGUACGUGUUUGCUUGGUACAUUGAGGAACAUUUAUUAUAUAUAUAAGACCUUAAAUUUUUUAUUUCACGCCUCUCUGUCGCCUUUUCUCUAAGCGGAAAAGUCCUCCCUUUGCACUCUCUCUGAAUCUUGAGCAAACGCCGUCCUGGUUUGCUGAGGCAGAGCUUUCUCGCUUCGCUACCAGGCUCUGUCCAAACCCACAGAUAGGGUGAUAAAUCACCUUGUGUCCUGAAUCAGCAGACUUCCUGCCCCAUCAGCAGAUAUCUGGUUGCCACUGUUUGCAGUGCACCCUCGUUUUAUAUAAAUUCAAUAAAUAAUAAUAAUAAUUUUCAGACCUGUCUCCCCUAGCCCGACAAACUUUAAUAGAGGGAGUUUGCGUCUAUGAAAAUUUCCUUCCUUUUCUUUAGCUAGAGAGGUUGCUUUUAAUGGGAAAAUAUGUCUGUGGUUGAUUUUGGUUUCUCUCAAGUUUUUCGUUUUUCCCCCAAUCUUAAGCUCAGUUCUCCACAUUUCUAUGUCAGUUUGCAAUUAAAAAAAGAAACCUUCAGAAAAGAAUGUUCAGUGCUUCAGUAAUAAUAAAUGGUUUUGCCUAAGAGACACAUUUUUGCCAUUAUGCUGAAGACACACGUUUUUGCAAAGCCGUGUUUCCGUUUCUCGAACUUGGGUCCCCAGCUGUUGCUGGACUACAGCUCCCAUCAUCCCUAGCUAGCAGGACCAGUGGUCAGGGAUGAUGGGGGGUGUAGUCCAACGACAGCUGGGGACCCAAGUUCGAGAAACGCCAUGGAACAGGCAUCCAAAAGACACUCACAAAUUAGAACGGGCAUCUAAAACAAGCUGGGUAAAGGUAAAGGUACCCCUGCCCGUACGGGCCAGUCGUGUCCGACUCUAGGGUUGUGCGCGCAUCUCACUUAAGAGGCCGGGGGCCAGCGCUGUCCAGAGACACUUCCAGGUCACGUGGCCAGCGUGACGAAGCUGCUCUGGCGAGCCAGCACUAGCGCAGCGCACGGAAACGCCGUUUACCUUACCGCUAUAAAGCGGUACCUAUUUAUCUACUUGCACUUUUUGGGGUGCUUUCGAACUGCUAGGUGGGCAGGAGCUGGGACCGAAAGACGGGAGCUCACCCCGCCACGGGGAUUCGAACCGCCGACCAUGCGAUCGGCAAGCCCUAGGCGCUGAGGUUUUACCCACAGCGCCACCCGCGUCCCAGCGCCACCCACGUACCUUAAGCUGCUUAGCCCCAAAUUCCUGCAUUUAUUUCACUGAUACACAUUCUCUGGGUGCAUUUCUGUGAACAUGACUUGGCCAAAGCACUGCAUUGCAAAACCCAGAGAGCUGUUGCUACUAUUUUUAAUCCUGUUAGUGGAGAGGGUUAUUAAAUCACCAGGACUACCCAAGUGAUCUUUUCAUGCUUCCUUUUUUCUUCUUCUCGUGGUGGGGGCAACGGAAAAGUUACAGACAAGAGACACUAGGUAUCUGAACCCGUCAUCCGCCACAACGGCUGCACCCCAGCGCUCAAAAUUCACCAGGCGCCUUUUGCUACUGACGCAGGUCCAAAUGCGACUACAGUCAUACCUCAGGUUAUAGCUGCUUCAGGUUGCAUUUUUUUGGGUUGCAGACCACCAGAACCCGGAAGUACCGGAACAGGUUACUUCCGGGUUUUGCCGGUCGCGCAUGUGCAGAAGCUCUAAAUUGAGCUUUGCGUAUGCGCAGAAGCGCCGAAUCGCAACCCGCAUGUGAGCAGACGUGGGUUGUGAACGCUGCAGGUUGCAAACGCGCAUCCCGCAUGGAUCACGUUCGCAACCCGAGCGUCCACUGUACGUGGAGAUUUCUGGGCGCUAGGUUGGCAACUGCAGUUUAAAAACCUCUGCCUUAGUCCAUUGUGCGCCUAGCUUCUAUAUCUAAGUUUCUAACCCAGCUGCACCAAGAUCUGAGGUGGCUGUGCCUCUGAAUUCAAGGUGCGAGCCGUGGGGAAAGAGAGGACCGUGUUCCUCGCACCCUCCCUUCAGGCUUUUUGGAGGCAUCCGAUUGGCCGUGGUGAGAAAUAAGAUGCUGUACUUGUUGUUGUUGUUGUUGUUGUUUAGUUGUUUAGUCGUGUCCGCCUCUUCGUGACCCCCUGGACCAGAGCACGCCAGGCCCUCCUGUCUUCCACUGCCUCCACAGUUUGGUCAAACUCAUGCUGGUAGCUUCGAGAACACUGUCCCACCAUCUCGUCCUCUGUGAUCCCCUUCUCCUUGUGCCCUCCAUCUUCCCCAACAUCAGGGUCUUUUCCAGGGAGUCUUCUCUUCUCAUGAGGUGGCCAAAGUCUUGGAGCCUCAGCUUCAGGAUCUGUCCUUCCAGUGAGCACUCAGGGCUGAUUUCCUUCAGAAUGGAGAGGUUUGAUCUUCUUGCAGUCCAUGGGACUCUCAAGAGUCUCUUCCAGCACCAGAAUUCAAAAGCAUCCAUUCUUUGGCGAUCAGCCUUCUUGAUGGUCCAGUUCUCACUUCCAUACAUCACUACAGUGGUACCUCGGGUUAAGUACUUAAUUCGUUCCGGAGGUCCGUUCUUAACCUGAAACUGUUCUUAACCUGAGGUACCACUUUAGCUAAUGGGGCCUCCUGCCGCCGCGCAAUUUCUGUUCUCAUCCUGAAGAAAAGUUCUUAACCCAAGGUAAUAUUUCUGGGUUAGCGGAGUCUGUAACCUAUAGCGUAUGUAACCCAUAUGUAACUGUACUGGGAAAACCAGAGCUUUAACAAUACAGACCUUUGUCGGCAACGUGAUGUCUCUACAUCAGCCUAUAUGGGCUGCAAUAACGCUGGACUAAUGUGCUUUGAGAGAAAGAUCGGCUUCUAAAAAGGCACCCAGUUCUCCCAAGGCCCUCAAGCAAUGUUCUACACAAAGUGCUGACGCCUAUCUCUCCUGUUUUGAUUUCUUUUUUUAAAACCACUCUCUCCCUCCUCGAUUUUAAUUUCCCUUUUUGCAUCUCAACCAUCUGCGGCUGUUUUCUCUGCCUUUACCCUAGCCACGGCCUCGCGCUUUCAAGGCUGCUCCUGGGAGGAAAUCAGUUUACCUUGGGCCGCCUUAUCUCUUGGAGUGCUUUAGCAAAUGGGCCGUGGCGUUUCGCAGUAGCCGGGAAACGGCGCCUGGUGCCUCUUAGGUUGUGCAGAUGAGAGAAACCUUUCAAGGUCUCCCCAGCGGCCAGGGAGAUGGGCUUAAACCGGGAAAGCUUCUGCAAAGCGCUUGCCAGCUUCUCGACAGCUUCUCACCCCAAAUGCACCUCACAGCGGCUUUGUGUGUAUGUGUGGUCACCCCUUGCAAUUGGAUCCGAACCUUAUAUUCGGAAAGGUACAUGGUAUAGGCCUCCAUUGCGGUACGGUCUCCUCGGAAGAUAAAGAAGGCGAAUUGCCUCAUUUACUUUUAUUAUUUAUUGCACUGAUAUUCCACCUUUUUCUCCAAGGAUUUAUCAGCUACUUUAAAAUGAGGCCGCAUUUUAAAUUGCAUUUUAACCUGUAUUUUAAAUUGGGUUUUUUUCUUUCCCCCCCUAUUAUGUUUUUACUGUGAUUUUAUUGGUGUCAACCGCCCUGAGCCUGGCUUUGGCAGGGGAGAGAGGGGUAUAAAUAAAAUUUAUUUUUAUUUAUUAUUAUUAAGGAGCUCAAGGUGGCUGGCGUGGUUCUCCCUCUCCUCACUGAACCCCACAACAACUGUGAAGUGGGUUAGGCUGAGAGGGAUAGUACCGUAUUUUUCGCUCUAUAAGACGCACCAGACCACAAGACGCACCUAGUUUUUGGAGGAGGAAAACAAGAAAAAAAAUAUUCUGGAUCUCAGAAGCCAGAACAGCAAGAGGAAUCGCUGCGCAGCGAAAGCAGCGAUCUCUCUUCCUGUUCUGGCUUCUGGGAUAGCUGCACAGCCGCAUUCGCUCCAUAAGACGCACACACAUUUCCCCUUACUUUUUAGGAGGGAAAAAGUGAGUCUUAUAGAGCAAAAAAUACAGUACUUGGCUCACAUCUGGCUUCAUGGCUGAGUGGGGGGAUUGGAACCCUGUCUCCCAGGUCCUAGUCUGACACGCUAACCCCUACACUACACAGAUGAACUUCCCUUCAGUUUGUUCCCCUUUCCCUGCCUUAAUUUAAGAGUGUAAGGUGCUUCGUGGCAGAGACUGGUUUGUGUUGGUGGUAUUCCCAUCUCUUAUUUUAGACUCUGCUCUUCAGCAGGAAAGUGUCCCAGAGCAGUAAGCAAUACAGUGACCGCCUUCAGAUUUGACCAUCUUAAAAGGCGUAACACGAAAGGAAAACAAGGAUGGGAAAGGAGGAGGAAAACACAAAGACUCGGGCACUGGGGUGCCGGUAGCAACCGCAACACACAAAUGUAGAUCUAUGUAAAUAAUAAACGUUAAAUAAUGCUUGCACAAUUGGCAAAAGGUUUUGCGUUCGCAGUAGUGGGGUGUCCGUGUCAGAGUUGUGACCCUUUUACAAAUUAUCGGUUGGGGCAGGAAGGGAAGGAAUAUGCUUAGGCAGAAAGAGAAAGAGACUAAGGCAAAAGUACUGUAUCCUGGGAACUGUAGCUCACUCCUCACAAAGGUGCAGCGCCCAUCAAUCCUACCAAGCUACAGUUCCCAGGAUUCUUUUGAGAGGUGUGUGUUUUCAAUGCCUGGUGUGAUUGCGGCCUUAACCCCUGAGUUUUCACAACCGAGUGGGAGAUUUUAACCCUGCCCUCGCUAGCGGGAGGUCGACCCUUGUCCUAGCACCCAGCGCUGAAAGGCUACAACUUUCGUUGUAGGUCCUCAAGAACACCCCCCUUUGCCCCCGAAUCCACAGGCGCUCUCGUCCUCCAGAAACCAUCUUCCUUUCGAGGAGCAGGCCUGUGGCUACACAGGCAUCUCUGGGCGUAAGUACAGCGCUGGCUGGCAAAUGGUAAACCCAGGCCUCUCGCUCCUGGGCUCGAUCCACAAGGCACCCGUUUGUCUUCAUUUGCAAAAUGUGUAGACGUAGGAAGCAGCCUUGAGUUGGACCCUUCUUCCAUCUAGCUCAGGCUUGUCCGCACGGACUGGCAGCAUCUCUCCAGGGUUUCAGGCAGGAGUCUCUCCCAGCACUACCUGGGAAUGGACCUUCUCCAGGGAAAGCCGUCGCUUAACCUCUGUGUUUCCUCUCCAAUUUCUUACACAAUCAAGUUCAAGAAGGACAAACUGGAACGUGUCCAGAGGAGGGCAACCAAAAUGGUCAAAGGCCUGGAAACGAUGCCUUAUGAGGAACGGCUAAGGGAGCUGGGCAUGUUUAGCCUGGAGAAGAGGAGGUUAAGGGGUGAUAUGAUAGCCAUGUUCAAAUAUAUAAAAGGAUGUCACAUAGAGGAGGGAGAAAGGUUGUUUUCUGCUGCUCCAGAGAAGCGGACACGGAGCAAUGGAUCCAAACUACAAGAAAGAAGAUUCCACCUAAACUUCCUGACAGUAAGAGCUGUUCGACAGUGGAAUUUGCUGCCAAGGAGUGUGGUGGAGUCUCCUUCUUUGGAGGUCUUUAAGCAGAGGCUGGACAACCAUAUGUCAGGAGUGCUCUGAUGGUGUUUCCUGCUUGGCAGGGGGUUGGACGCGAUGGCCCUUGUGGUCUCUUCCAACUCUAUGAUUCUAUUCUAUGAUUCUUCUUUGUUUUUAUUUGGUAGGAUCACGUCCGGAGGAACCAAGAGGUCCACGUGGUGAUGGGGAACGAGGCCUGCGACCUGGACUCCAUGGUGUCCGCUUUGGCCCUCGCUUACUUCUUUGCAAAGGUCGGUCUUCCGCUUCCACCCUUUGGAGCAUUUCCCUUUGCCCCCUUUGAAGAGCCCUCUUUGCUCCCUUUCCACGGUUGGUUCCGCAGUUUUCCUGCAAGGCUGGCGCGGCGCGAUGAGGUCAUCCCCAUGUGGCGGCUCUGGGCUCAGAGUCCUCUGGACUGAAUUUGGUGUGGAUUGUGUAAGAAAAGACUGAGAAUGGGGAGCGACGUUGCCCCUCAGCCGCUGAACAUUUCCUUUUUUCCUUUUUAAAUUUUAAAUAAAUCAUUUUAUUAAACAUAUAACAAGACAAACAGAGUAUUCCAGCAAUCCAACAAAAGGAAAAGGAAAUAACACAAUUGAGUAUGGUCAGAUAUAAGGGAGGAGACAAAAGAUAUAUAUAUAUAUAUAUAUAUAUAUAUAUAUAUAUAUAUUACAUGAUCUGUUUAAUAAUAAUAAUUUUUUUUAUUUAUACCCCUCCCUCCCCGACCAAAGCUGGGCUCAGGGCGGCUAACACCAGUAAAAUUACAGUAAAAUCAUAAUGGGGGGGGGGAAACCCAAUUUAAAAUACAGGUUAAAAUGCAAUUUAAAAUGCAGCCCCAUUUUAAAAGUAGCCCACAGAUCAAAACCGUAAGGGGAGGGAAACAUAAGGGUCAGAGUCCAAACCAAAGGCCAGGCGGAACACCUCUGUCUUGCAGGCCCUGCGGAAAGAUGUCCAGUCCCGCAGGGCCCUAGUCUCUUGUGACAGAGCGUUCCACCAAGUCAGGGCCAGUACUGAAAGAUAAUUAUGCCUUAUCUUGGAGUAUUGCUUAAUUGCCUCUUUUGCACAGGUUCUUUGUAAUAUUUUUCUUUAUACCUUUCGUCUCCUUGCUUUAUACCCCAACACUUCCUGAUCUAUGAUCUAUGUACCUUCGUGACUGAUGCUGGGCUUUGACCAUGCAGUUUCGGGCCUGUUUUUAUAUCCUUAAGGACUAGAAACCUGCUUGUUUCCCCCCCACAAAAUGAGAGUUUGAGGACAUCCAAUUCCGCAGUUGCUCGGAGACAUCUGCAAGGCUCUUAUUGGUACUCAGUGACUGGGUAACAUGAGAAAUUUUAUCCGUGCAACAGAGACCUGGAUUUUAAUGUACCUUUCGUUGCGCCCCGCAGACCGCCCCAGACAUGAAAGCAGCCUUCAUCCCGGUCCUGAACAUCCCCCGCUCAGAAUUCCCUCUGCGCACGGAGAGCACCUUCCUCCUCAAAGAGCAGCGCAUUGCGGAGAGUUCGCUCGUCUUCCGGGACGAGAUUGACCUUGCCACCCUACACCAGGCAGGCCUCCUUUUGCUGACGCUGGUUGACCACCACGUCCUGCCGAGGUCAGUGGAGAGGGUUGUUGUUGUUGUCCGACUCUUUGUGACCCCAUGGACCAGAGCACGCCAGGCACUCUUGUCUUCCACUGCCGCCCGCGGUUUGGUCAAACUCAUGCUGGUAGCUUCGAGAACACUGUCCCGCCAUCUCGUCCUCUGUCGUCCCCUUCUCCUUGUGCCCUCCAUCUUUCCCAACAUCAGGGUCUUUUCCAGGGAGUCUUCUCUUCUCAUGAGGUGGCCAAAGUCUUGGAGCCUCAGCUUCAGGAUCUGUCCUUCCAGUGAGCACUCAGGGCUGAUUUCCUUCAGAAUGGAGAGGUUUGAUCUUCUUGCAGUUCAUGGGACUCUCAAGAGUUUCCUCCAGCACCAGAAUUCAAAAGCAUCAAAAGCGAUCAGCCUUCUUUAUGGUCCAGCUCUCACUUCUGGGAAAACCAUAGCUUUAACUAUUUUUUAACUAUUACUUUGUCAGCAAGGUGAUGUCUCUGCUUUUUAAGAUGCUGUCUAGGUAGGGGAGCGGUAGGGCACCCAAAGGACUUGGAGGUGAGAGUAGAGUCUUAUGAGCUAUGGGUUGUCGGCAUUUUUGAACCGCACCCUGAUUUUGUGGCUUCUCCAUCCCCUUUGCCCAGAUCAGCACCCCACAAAAGACAGAAAGAGAAAGGGCAUGCGCACGCACGCACGCACGCACGCACAGACACAUCACUUUUCCAAGGUAAAAUCUGGAGCCAGUAGAAUUAAUCGGAUGCCUGGAAAAGCACAUAGAGCUGAAGGAGGAAUUGAGAAAGAGCAUCACUCUUCCAACUUCCUCCUUCAGCAGUGUGUGAUUUUGGUGGCCAAGAGGGCAGUGAGGGAGCUCAGAGGCUUCAUGGGUGCCAGGGAAACCCCAUGGCUGUCCCCCAGCCCUAAUAAUAAUAAUAAUAAAAAUAAUAAUAAUAAUAAUUUAUUAUUUGUUCCCUGCCCAUCUGGCUGGGUUUCCCCAGCCACUCUGGGCAGCUUCCAACAAAGAUUAAAAAUACAUUAAAAUGUCACACAUUAAAAACUUCCCUGAACAGGACUGCCUUCAGAUGUCUUCUAAAUGUCAGGUAGUUGUUCUUCUCUUUGACAUCUGAUGGGAGGACAUUCCACAGGGCGGGUGCCACUACUGAGAAGGCCCUCUGCCUUGUUCCCUGUAACCUCAAUUCUCGCAGCAAGGGAACCGCCAGAAGGCCCUCGGAGCUGGACCUCAGUGUCUGGGCAGAACGAUGGGGGUGGAGACGCUCCUUCAGAGUAUACUGGACCGAGGCUGUUUAGGGCUUUAAAGUUCAACACCAACACUUUGAACUGUGCUCAGAAACGUACUGGGAGCCAAUGUAGAUCUUUCAAGACUGGUGUUAUGUGGUGUUCUAUGCUUAGAACGGACGCGGGUGGCGCUGUGGGUUAAACCACAGAGCCUAGGGCUUGCCGAUCGGAAGGUCGGUGGUUCGAAUCCCCGCGACGGGGUGAGCUCCCGUUGCUCGGUCCCUGCUCCUGCCAACCUAGCAGUUCGAAAGCACGUCAAAGUGCAAGUAGAUCAAUAGGUACCGCUCUGGCGGGAAGGUAAACGGUGUUUCCGUGCACUGCUCUGGUUUGCCAGAAGUGGCUUAGUCAUGCUCUCCACAUGACCCAGAAGCUGUACGCCGGCUCCCUCGGCCAAUAAAGCGAGAUGAGCGCUGCAACCCCAGAGUUGGCCUCAACUGGACCUAAUGGUCAGGGGUCCCUUUACCUUUACCUUUAUGCUUAGAACAACUGAAUUGGCCAACAGAUCCACACAACUAUGGUUUGGGGAUAGAUGCAGUUGCAGCACAUGGACACUAGGGGAGCUGUCUCUAAACCCUUGGACCUGGCCCCUCCCUCAGUGACCACUUCCCCCUACUGGCCAGGUGGUGCACCUGCAAGCAUGCCCAGUGGCGCCCUAGCUGUGACUCAAGCGGUGAGCCAUGUUCUCAGGAUAGGAUGCACAGCGAGCGAAGCUGAAAUAUCUUCCAGCAUCUGCUCAUGCUGAGGUGCAUAUAUUGACACUGCUACGUCUCCCCUGUUUUGCAGUGGGGAUGCGGCGCUGGAGGAGGCGGUUGUUGAGGUGAUCGACCACCGGCCCCUGGAGCGGGAGCGGGGCCCUCCCUGCAGAGUCACGGCAGAGCUGGUGGGCUCGUGCGCCACACUGGUGACGGAGAGGAUCCUGCAGAGCCCGUCGCAGGUUUUGGACAGGCAGACAGCAGCUCUCUUGCACGGUGAGGACUAGCGGCUUGCAGCGACGUGAGGGGAAGUGAUUGCUUGUUAAAAAACCAACAACCCGCAGGCAAAUGCUGGCAGGUGGGGAAUACGUAGCCCUGCAGAGCAGCGGUGGGCAACAUGUCGCCCUCUAGAUUUUUUGGGCUCCCUCUCGAAAAGAGGAUUGGAUAAAUUCAUGGCAGAGAAGGCUGACAGUGGGUUCUAGCCAAGAUGGCUUCGCUCUGCCUCUAACGUCUGGGGCAGUAAUGCUUCUGAAUACCUGUUGCUGGAAACUGCAGGGCAGCUCAGGUCUUCAUUUCGCCGUCUGUUUGGCCAUUGGCUUGAUCCGGCAGAGGUUUCUGUUCUUUUUUUUAUUAUUUAAUUUUUUUAUUAAGAUAAUUCAACAUUUAUACAUACAUAUUACGGAUAUACAAGCAAACAUACAUUUCAUACAAUCCUUAAAAAUAUUCCUACAUACCCACAUUCAAUCCCGCAUUUUUUGCUCCAUAAGACGCACUUUUUUCUUCCUAAAAAGUAAGGGGAAAUGUUUGUGCGUCUUAUGGAGCGAAUGCAUGGUCCCUGCAAAAAGCAGAUCAUGCCUUUUUUUUUUUUUUAAAGAGGGAAGCAGGUGUUGAAACAAAGCCGCUGAUCGUUUGCAAUCGGGGAGUGAGAUAAGGGACGCUAGAGAUAAAGGAGGCUGCCUGGGAGGGGGGAGGUAAAGACAGCAGACUUGCAAAGGGGGGGGGGACAGGAAGACUAAAGCAAUGAGGAGAGAAAUUAGAAGAAAAGGAGGAGCAAAAAACUGCUCCAGCUAAGGAAAAGAUACCACACUAAGGCAAACGAGGGAAGGGAGUGUUGAAAGGAAACAGCUGAUCAGUGGAAUCAGAAGAGAGAUAAGGGACGCUAGCUGAAGCUGCCUGGGGGGGGGGUAAAAGCCCAUGGAUCCUCAGGAUUUUUGCAUUGGGUCACCCCAAAUUCACCAUCAGAUCACAUGUCUGUGGUCACGGUACUUCCUUUUCCCACCACCUUCUCUCACCCCACCCUGUGCUAGACUUCCAAUCUACUCAAUUGCAAUUUCUUUCCAUUUCUUUCCAUUUCUAUUACUUUCUUUCACACACUAUUAAACCAACUUUCUACUUCUUUUUCUGUUACACAUUGUUAUCCAUAGUAUUUGAUAUUUUAGUAUUUAUAGCGGAACUUGUUUAUUCUAACAGGAGUUCUGGUUUUUCAAUAUGAUUUAGCAAAUAUUCUUUAAACACCUUCCAAUCCUUGUCUAUCUUCUCUUUUGAGAUCCUUCCAAUUUCUCCCAUUGUUUUGGACAUAUUGUAAUACUCCAAUAAUUUGGCAAGCCACUCUGUUUUUGUCGGCAUUAUACCACUUUUCCAAUUUUUUGCAGUCAGUAGCCUGGCGGCUACUGUUGCAUAUACGGCAGAGGUUUCUGAUGUUCUGACAAAUUUUUCUUGCAUCCAUAGUUCUAGUUAAGGCAGCCAGCUUUGGAGCUAGACAGAAUUCUUCUUUGGGGACCAAUUCUUUGCAGCCUUGGUAGCUUGCUACUAAAUCAGCAAGUGAAUGAUAACCUCUGAGCAGUUGUCUUCGUUCCCUAAGUGGGUGUUUCCGCCCCCUGGGGCCCCCGUAGGAUUACCUAGGGGUCACUAAGAAGCAAUGGGGCGGCACGGGGGUGCUGGAAGUGUCGCUGGCUCCCAGACUUUGAAAAACUGGCAUCACUGGAUCAAUUUUGCUGCAUACGUUAAACUGAAUAGUUCUAACUGGGUUUUGAAUAAAUAUGCAAUUGAUUGUUACUGUUUUGAAUUUUGUUGUGUUGCUCUCCUCCCUAGUGGGUUGCGCAAACCACUAUUCUGCAUAAAGCUUUUUAAUAGGGAUGGGUAGGGGCUAGAACCGGGACGCUGGUGGUGCUGUGGGUUAAACCACAGAGCCUCAGACUUGCCGAUCAGAAGGUUGGUGGUUCGAAUCCCCGCAACGGGGUGAGCUCCCGUUGCUCAGUCCCUGCUGCCAACCAAGCAGUUCGAAAGCACGUCAAAGUGCAAGGAGAUAAAUAGUACCGCUCCGGCGGGAAGGUAAACGGCGUUUCCGUGCGCUGCUCUGGUUAACCAGAAGCGGCUUAGUCCUGCUGGCCACAUAACCCGGAAGCUGUACGCCGGCUCCCUCGGCCAGUAAAGCGAGAUGAGCGCCGCAACCCCAGAGUCGGCCACGACUGGACCUAAUGGUCAGGGGUCUCUUUACCCUUUACCUUUAGGUGGUAGAAUCAAGGAGGAGAGGUUGGCCCCCCAAAGUUUGGGAACCACAGUUCUCACCCUUCUUGUCUUUCAAACCUGCAAACGUAAAAGAUUCUUUCCGGAUUGGACUGUCGUGUGUCGCCUCUUGAUCCUGGUUCUUCCUUGACUCUGCAGGCACAAUCGUUCUGGACUGUGUCAACAUGUCCCCCGAAGCUGGCAAAGUGACCGCGAAGGACACCCAUUACGCUUCCCUUUUGGAGUCGAAGUUCCCCGAUCUGCCCUCGAGAAAUGUCAUCUUUGAAGCCCUGCAGAGGGCCAAGUUUGAUGUCUCAGGUAUGAGCCGCCCACCUUAGUCUUGCCUCGUAAAGGAUAUUGCAGAGCCGGAAUGGUUGAGAAAAGGGCAACCAAAACUACUGAGGGCAGGGGGAGUGGGGCAACUCCCGUAUAAGAAAAGGUAAAAUACACACUUGGGGCUAUUUUUAAUUUAGAGGAAAGGCAGGUAAGGAGGGACAGGGUAAGAGGUGAAUAAGAUGAUGCAUCGUUCUGGGAGCGUGGAUGGGGGGGAGAAAGGUUUCUCUCCCUCUCUUGUAAAAGUAAAACUUGAAGCUGAAUAUUGGGUGAUUGAAGGCAAGCGAAAGGAAGCCCUUAUUUGUGCCAGAGCAGAGUUAAACUCUGGAACUCCCUCCCACUGCUGGAGGCAAGGUGCUUCUGAAUACAGUGGUACCUCUGGAUGCGAAUAGGAUCCGUUCCGGAGCCCCGUUCGCACCCUGAAGCGAACGCAACCCACAUCCGCGCAUCUGCGGGUCACGAUUCACAGCUUCCGCGCAUGCGCAUGACAUCAUUUUGAGCGUCUGCGCAUGCGCGAGCGGCAAAACCCGGAAGUAACGCACUCCGUUACUUCCGGGUCGCUGUAGAGCGCAACCCGAAAAUAUUCAUCCCAAAGCUACUUAAACCCAAGGUAUGACUGUACAGUGGUACCUCUGGUUGCGAACGGGAUCCGUUCCAGAGGCCCGUUCGCAACAUGAAAAGAGCGCAACCUGCAGCGGCGCAUCUGUGCAUGUGCAGGUUCAAAUUCGCCACUUCUGCGCAUGCGUGUAACAUCAUUUUGCACUUCUGUGCAUGCGUGAGCUGCGAAACCCGGAAGUAACCCUUUCCGGUACUUCCGAGUCACCACGGGACGUAACCUGAAAGAACGUAACAUGAAGCGGACGUAACAUGAGGUAUGACUGUACUAUUUCUUAGGAAUCACAGGCGGGGUGAGUGCUUUCGAACUCAGUCCUGCCUAGGGGCUUCCCAUCAAGGCAUCCGGCUGGACCCGGCGAGAAUGGGAUGCUGGACUAAGUGGGCCAUUGACCUGGUCCAGCUAGAGACCUCUUCUGAUGUUCUUAUGGAACCUCCAGGUCCAGAGGCAGUCGAUCUCGAUUCCCAGGUUCUUGGGGCAUUUUUGGCCAUUGUGGGAACGGGAUGCUGAACUACCGUAUUUUUCGCUCUAUAGGACGCACUUUUCCCCUCCAAAAAUGAAGGGGAAAUGUGUGUGCGUCCUAUGGAGCGAAUGCAAGCUCCUUGGCUUCAGCGAAAGCAAGGCAAAGCCUCCGAAGCGCAGAGGAAGCGCUCCCUCCGCGCUCCAGAGGCUUCGCGUUGCUUUCGCUGAAGCCUGGAGAACGAGAGGGGUCGGUGCGCACUGACUCUCCUGGCUUCAGUGAAAGGAACCCGAAGCCUUCAGAGCACAGCGCGAGUUCCUGCUGCGUUCUAAAGGCUUCAGGUGGCUAUCCCUGAAGCCUUUGGGGCGCAGUGGGAACUUGGGCUGUGCUCCGAAGGCUUCGGGUUCCUUUCGCUGAAGCCAGGAGAGCAAGACUCUCCCGGCUUCAGCAGAGAGGGAGAGCUGCGCAGCGCCCCUUCAGCCAAGCGGGAGGAGAAAUGGAAGGGGCUCCGUUUCUCCUGCCGCUUUGCUGAAGGGGCGCUGAGCAGAGAGGGGAGAUUUUUUUUCCCUUGUUCUCCCCCUCCAAAACAAGGUGCAUCCUAUGGUCGGGUGCGUCCUAUAGAGCGAAAAAUACGGUAGAUGGGCCGCUGGCCUGAUCCAGGAAAGCUCUUCUUAUGUUUUUAUGACCAGGACUCACCACAGACCAGAUGCUGAGGAAGGACCUCAAGGCCCUCUCUGGGGAAAAUGCUGUGAUUGCGCUCAGCGCCAUAUACAUGAACCUACAGGUGAGCACAGGAAGGGGCCAGAAACCAUUUCAGGUGUGCCUUUGAUGCCUUCCUCCUCUUCUCUUCUCACGCUCCUCCUCUCCACUCAGGCCUUCCUGCGCCGUCCCGGUUUGGAGCAGGAGCUGUCCGCCUUCUGCCGGCAGAGGAGCUACGACGCCUUGCUUGCCAUGACCAUCUCCUUCAAUGAGCAGAACGUGCCUUUCAGGCAGCUCGCCGUGUACAGCCAGCACCCGGAACUCCAGGCAGCGGUGAGUUCGAAUGGCGCCCUGUCGGGAUGAGAUAAAGAAUAGUGAGUCCUUCCCUAGAAAACACAACAGGUUGCUGCAAGGGGCCUCUUGGUUGAUUUCCAGGAUAUUGGACCCCGCAAAGCAUUGGUUAGAAUUCUCAGUGAUAGGCUGGUCACGUUUAUUUCUGAACUCCUGCGCCUUUAAACUAGGGGUGUUUAAAGAGGGAGAGAUUUCCAUCCCCUCUGGCAUUCGUUGCAGUCGCCGCCGUUUCCAUUCUGCUGCAGUCCGGCUUCCGCUAAAACCUGUUUUGGCCAAGACUAACAUACCGUAUUUUUUGCUCCAUAAGAUGCACCUAGUUUUUAGAGGAGGAAAACAAGAAAAAAAAAUCUGAACAAAACAGUGGAUGUAUGACUUUUGUAGUUCAUGCUGUGGCCACAGACAUGUGAUUUGACGUGUGAUUUGGGGUAGCCCAAUGCAAAACUCCUGAGAAUCCAUGUGGAUCCAUGCUUUGUAACCACAUUUUUCCGACACUGCGGCCCCACAGAACAGUGGAUACGUGAUUUUUUUGGUGCAGGCUGUAGCCAUGGACAUGCUAUGUGAUCUGAUGGUGAAUUUGGGGCGACCCAAUGUAAAAAUCCUGAGGAUCCAUGGGCUUUUACUUCCCCCCUCCCAGGCAGCCUCCUUUAUUGCUAGUGUCCCUUAUCUCCUUUCCUGAUCGCUUACCGAUCAGCUGCUGCCUUUCAACACUCCCUUCCCUCUUGUUUGCCUUAGUGUCUUUUCCUUAGCUGGAGCAGUUUUUUGCUCCUCCUUUUCUUCUAAUUUCUCUCCUCAUUGCUUUAGUCUUCCUGUUUGCCCCCCUUUGCAAGUUUGCUGUCUUUACCUCCCACCUCCCAGGCAGCCUCCUUUAUUGCUAGAGUCCCUUAUCGAUUGUGGAAUGAAUUGUGGAAUGUUGGGAGGACAGAUAAAACGAAUUCCUUCUUCACCCAGCGCGCUGUUGAACUGUGGAACUCGCUGCCAUAGGAGGCAAUGAUGGCUUUAGAAAUGGAUUAGGAACAUUGGUGGAGGGGAAGGCUAUUAGAUGUUUUUGAAUGCUUGUUGCUGGAAACAACAGGAAGGAAGAGUGGCUCUUGUGCUCAGGUCCCGCGUCAAGGUUUCCCUUUGGGGCAUUUCGUUGGCCAGUGUGUAAUGUCAUUAUGUAAUGUUCAUGGACUGAAAUGUAUGAAAAGAGUGAACUCUGCUCCUAUUCGCUUGCAUGAUUUCUGUUGCUCGCCUCGGGCGAACAUGUAGAAUUGCAGCAGUUUUGGACAAAGCUCUCUGACUUCCACGCUGGUGGGACAAAUGUUAGAGAGGUCCAUUCAGGCUUCCCCAGCUUGAUCUUUUGCACUACAACUCCCAUACAUCUGCGCUGGUGGGGGCUGAUGGGAAUUGUAGUCCAGCUGGGGUAAGACCCCAUCGUUUAUCUGCUCUUUUGACAGGAUAGAUACUCAGUACCAAAGACUACACGUUUUCUGUCUGAAAUAAUUGAUAGGGGAUUUUUAUUUACCUAAAAGAGGCUGCUGUAUCUUGCCUGGGGAAAUUCAUAAUGUUAUGUUCGUUCUGGCUUUUAAAAAAUAAUAGUUUAGGUUUUACAUCGUUUUAUUGGGGGUUUGUGCAAUGUUAUUUCUUCUUAUACGUGUUAAAAUAGCUUCGAUUUGCUUGGGGCAUUUAGAAAUGAACGUUUGUUCACGGUGCAUGUAGUUUUUACGUGGGGCUGCGUCGGCGUGCGUUGAUUUUAACUCGGAACGCCUUUCGUACGGAUCCACCCUCCUUUUCUGAACCUCUUUACGAUGGUGUAAACACUAGAUGCACACAAGCAUGCGAAAUCAGGCCUCCCAAUUGAUCCGUGCCGGGGUAACCUGCAGCUGAACCCAUGGCCCGUUUCCAAAACCCCACCCACUCCACAAACCCCUACCACUUUGGCCCCACCUGCUGCCACAUUACCCCACCCCCCAAGGAAACAACAUUCACCCCUCCCGUGGAUCUGAACUGUUGGGAACUCCCCCCUUGCAAAAUUGGCUACUGGUCCGAAAGCCACCUUUCUCUUCCAGAGUUCGAAGUCGAGACCUGCAAGGUUUCCAUGCGCGGACAAAAAAAAUCCCUGCUAUUUUGAUCGAGUCCUUUGUCCUUUUCCUGGGCUCCCUUCCUCCCCGUCAGCUCUCACACUACAUUUCCACGGUGCCCCAAAGUCUCCACCCCAUAUCCUCUGCCUGCUUCUCCCCAGAUCUUCCCCGUUGCCAUAGCCGGGCGUGUGUGGACCAGGAGAGACAGUCCUUAUUCAUCCAUCCAUCCAUCCAUCCGUCUGGAGAGAAGGGAGCCUUGCUUGGCUGACUCCCAAGGCAAGGGGGAGGGAUGUUUACGCAGGCGAGUGGGUCCCCCACCCCUCUGCUAAAGCAGUCGUCAUUCAUUAACCACGGUCAAAGGUUUCUGAGAUCACCAGCUAACUAAGUGGGGGGACGUUCAGUGCGCAGGAAAGCCCUGUCAUGCUCGCGGUUGUCACACUACAUUUCCCCCGGCCUGCCUGACGGAAGGUAAGUGGGGUCUCUGGGGAGGGUCUUCUUUCUUGCACCCCCCCUUUCCUCUGUCCUCUGCCCCACUCCCCAUCUUUGAGUGGCGGAGGGUAUCCUUCUCAGCCCUGCAUUAAUUCGAUUCUGUAUUGAUUCGAUUCCUUUUUUUUCUGCACAGGCUGAGCUUUAAGAAGGAAGGGUGUUAACGGAUUCCAUUUUCUCCUCCCUUUCUUUCUUCCUCCCUGCCAGUAUUUAAAAAGCUCGUUUGUGUGUUCUGGCAGGAAUCAAAGGCGCCUCCUUUUUUAACCACCCUGAAUGCGUUUGCUCAGUGCGGAUAUGCUGCUGUGUCCAAUAGGGCUUAGGAUAAAUUUUCUCUCCUGCACAACCUACUACUAAUGUUUAUUAUUAUUGUUAUUAUUACAUGCAUGUUUACAAACCUGCAACCUGUAUUUCAAUACAAAAAAAUAUGGCAGCGUGGUGAGAAUCUUGGAGACUAUACCACUCCCUUAUUAUUAUUUUUUAAAAGAUCAUGCCCCCAGUCCUGAGCAUUUUCAGAGGGCUUCAUUUUUUCCAAAGUGCAUCGAAUGUUUACGAAACUGCAACCUGUAUUUCAAACUGGAAAAUUGGGCAGCGUUGUAGGAACCCGGGAAAAUCUCAUUCUGACCUAUUAUUAUUAUUAAAAUCAUGCUUUUCAGUUGGCUUAGUUUCCCCCCCAAAGGGUCAAAGUUUAAGCAAGCCUCUCCAGACAUGUAGAACAUUCAAGUGCAUUGAAAUCUCGUUUUCAGCCUAGCGCUGAUUUCUGAAGGUUUUAAAUGCCAGUUUUUAACUGUCUCUUUACUGAUAAUUUCAUUGUUUUAUCCUUUUUGCAAAUCGCUUAGUGGUGUGGGCCCCCCCCAACCCCAACCCCCACCAUGGGGUAUAUAAAUUUUAUGGGAAAAACUUAUUUAUUUAAAUUUGGAGAAGUGCUUUGGGGGCUGUCUCCUGCUUGAAAGAAAUAACCCUUGGCUGAGUAAUCAUAUCAGUUCUAGUUAAGCAACUGCUUAAUUCAAUCUGCAUGUGAGUUAAUGCAAUCAUUCGGGUGCGGGGAGAAAGCCAAACACCCCCCCCACGCCCACCCCCAGCCGGCUAGAGAAGCAUCAAAAAUUGUGAAUAAUACGCUCAAAAAGCAACCAAAAGCGAAACAAACCCUCUGCAGUGUUUCAGUUGCAAGAAUAAAAUUUGCUCAGUGGUGGUUUGUGACAACUUGCGAUAACACAGCCAGUGGGAGAGGGAACCCUUGUCUCUAUUUGUGCCCAGACCGAUGGAAUCCAAUUUAUUUCAACUUCCAAGCCAGCCGUCCCCCAAAAUCCUUUCGCUCCGAACCGCGGCCGCUUUUCACUUGACCGCGAAAUUUGCCCGCCUGCCGAAGACAGGCGUUUGUGUUUCGGAAGCUUCCGCUGCAGCGAACUUGUUCGUCUUUGACGCUGCCGAGAGCCCGUCCACCAUAGCAUUGUCUUGCAAGAGAGAUUCCCUUUGGGGUGUUUGAAAAACAACAACCAGCCCUUCCGAGGGGCGAGGCCUCUUCGGAGACGGCGCCUUCUGGGGACCGUGUGCUGGUGGUGGGUGGGGCCAGGGGCAAAACUGGGCGGAGCAACGGAUAGAAAUGUCGGUUUUAUGCAUGAGGCUAGCUUCAACGCAGACAUCCAUCUCUGCCCCCUGCCUGGGCCUGGAAGAGCUCAAGGGCACAACCUUCCAAAACACUCAUGGGGGGGGCACGAUGGAGGGCUGUUGAAGGGUGAAGUUGGGUGUUGGAAGAUUCGGGACAGAUCGAAGGAAUUCCUUCUUCGCAAAGCGCUGAGUUGACCUGCGGAACUCCCUCCUACAAGAUGGCUUUGAAACCUGGGCGGCUUUGAAAGAGGACAGGGCAAAUUUAUGGUGGAGGAGAGGCCUAGCGAUGGCUGCUAGGCAUGACGGCUGUGCUCUGCCUUCAAAAGCUGCAGGCAGCGAUGCUUCUGAAUCCCAGUCUCUGGAAAGCGCAGGAGGAGAGAGCUGCUCUUGAACUCAAAUCCUACUUGCUGGUUUCCCAUGUUAUAAACAAAAAUCUGCCCUUUUCCCCUGAUGGGGUAUCCAAGAGCCCAUAUAGAGUCCUUACGUAGGUUCCCUAUUGGUAGGAGAAGAAAACAGAGGCCAACCAGAGAAUAUUGAGAAGCAAAGCAGCUAGUAAGCUUGAUCUUUAUUGAUCUGUUGCUCACUCACCACGCGCAGGAGGGAGGAGGAACCCUGAGCAAUGGUGUGCAAGCCCUUAUACAGUGGUACCUUGGGUUAAGUACUCAAUUCGUUCUGGAGGUCCGUACUUAACCUGAAACUGUUCUUAACCUGAAGCACCACUUUAGCUAAUGGGGCCUCCUGCUGCCGCCGCGCCGCUGGAGCACGAUUUCUGUUCUCAUCCUGAAGCAAAGUUCUUAACCUGAAGCACUAUUUCUGGGUUAGCGGAGUCUGUAACCUGAAGCGUAUGUAACCUGAAGCGUAUGUAACCCGAGGUACCACUGUAUAGACUUUUGAAAUUGCCACCCUGUAGAUCAAGACCACCCCCAGAAACAUCAUACAUACAUCACAGAAGGGGUGUAGCUCAAGACUUCCACCCACAUACCUACAUCACAGAAAAGGCGGUCUACAGCAGAAAUCUGAGUGCGUUGUUUAUCUCGUGUGACAGGUUGCCUGUUAAUGCUCACUUGAUUGGAUACCCUGGGGAACCUGGCCAGUCUUUUGUAACGAUAAAUACUUAGUUCCUGAGCCAGGUCACAGGCUCACCCUGUUCAUACACAGACAUACCCUUAAGACAGGAUUUGUGAAGAAAAAGGCAAUGGGGAGGCUUUUCCAUUUUCCUUUGACCUUGCAGAGAAAGAAUUGAGGUCAGUUUGGGAAUCAAAAAUGGUUUCAGGUCGGUCUUCCUGUGCUGAUCUAUGUACGUGCUUGGUUGGUACAUUUAUGAACAUUUAUUAUAUAUCUAAGACCUCAAAAUUCCUAUCACACUCACAGGCCCUUGGUUGGCUCCGUGAGAACAGGAUCCUGGCCUAAGUCUUGGAGCCUUAGCUUCAGGAUCUGUCCUUCCAGUGAGCACUCAGGGCUGAUUUCCUUCAGAAUGGAGAGGUUUGAUCUUCUUGCAGUCCAUGGGACUCUCAAGAGUCUCCUCCAGCACCAGAAUUCAAAAGCAUCCAUUCUUCGGCGAUCAGCCUUCUUUGUGCUCCAGCUCUCACUUCCAUACAUCCCUACUGGGAAAGCCAUAGCUUUAACUAUACGGACUUUUGUUGGCAAGGUGAUGUCUCUGCUUUUUAAGAUGGGACCUAACGCAUUACAUUCAGAGAAUCUGCCCAUUCCUUUGAGACGGUGAUUACCCAAUUCCUGCCCUCCCUCCUUGCAGAGAAAACAUUUGGUCAGUUUAGGAGUCAAAAUGGUUUCAGGGCGGUGCUGCUCCAGACAUGUGGUCCACAUAUCUAUGUUUGUGCUUGGUUGGUACAUUUAAAUAACAUUUAUUAUAGAUAUAGAAGAUCUUAAAUUUUUAUUGCAAAAGAAAGAGGCCCCAAACCAUUCUCCUUAACUCGAUAUCUUUUGCGGUUCUUCCUCUGCACGCCGCCCCCUGGAAGGAGCUUAUUAGGAAGCGGGAGAAGUUAAUGGACGCAUAACAAGCGAGGGACACGGUUCGCAAAGCGGCUAAUUCCCCCAGCCUCCGUCCUUGACAAGGCAGCUGUAAAAAUCGUCUUUUUCUCCCUCUCUGCCCUUCCUCCUUGAAUACAAAUGAGGGCAAUUCUUUGGGUGGUUUUUCUUUCUUUCUUUUUCAGUGGGAAGUCCUCACAGCUUUCACCUCUGGCAAAGAAAGGCCUUCAAGGCUGGGCAGGUUGCAAGGCUGGCUGUAGCUUUGAUGCUGCCCACUGGUUUGGUGUGUAUUUUUUUUAGGGGGGCUCCUCUCCCUACGGGACACAGGUGGCGCUUUGGGUUAAACCACAGAGCCUAGGACUUGCUGAUCAGAGGGUCGGCGGUUCGAAUCCCCGCAACGGGGUGAGCUCCCGUUGCUCAGUCCCUGCUCCUGCCAACCUAGCAGUUUGAAAGUAUGUCAAAAGUGCAAGUAGAUAAAUAGGUACCGCUCUGGCGGGAAGGUAAACGGCAUUUCAGUGCGCUGCUCUGGUUCGCCAGAAGCGGCUUAGUCCUGCUGGCCACAUGACCCGGAAGCUGUACGCCGGCUUCCUCGGCCAAUAAAGCGAGAUGAGCGCCACAACCCCAGAGUCGGUCACGACUGGACCUAACGGUCAGGGGUUCCUUUACUUACCUCUCCCUACUCCAUCAUUAUUUUUAAAAAUUGCUUUUCUACCACCAUAUCAUAAACAAAUGUACAUGCCAAAGGGGUUUAAAGCAAUAAAACCAUACUAUAAAUCCAUUAGAAAGUUAAAAACGGACAUGAAUUGACCCUUGUGGAAGGACGUACUCCUGCUGGAAUAGAAAAGUUUUCAGCAGGUGUUUUAAAGUUCUCCUGCUGGAUCUCCAGUGGCAGGGAGUUCCACAGAGCCGGCCCGAUGAUGACCCCAAAGGCUCGAUUUCUUGUGGUUGUCAAACGAGCCUCGCAGAGUCAGGGCUGCGGCAUUGGUAGGGCUCAGGCAAAGGGGAUGGGCGGGUGCAAUGCUAUUUGGAACCGGAAGGCAGGCUAGAAUUUGGGGGAGCCUAGGGGAAGGUCCCUCAGGUUCAGUCCCCAGGAUCUCCACCUUGGGCAGCAAAAUAUAUUCCUGAAGCCCCGAAGAGCCACUGGGUCCGUGAUCUGAGUCUGCAGGAAACAGCUUCCUGCGUUGCUCUUCACAUCAGCAUUCAGAACCCUGAGGACUAGAAUCUUAUGAUUUUAGUUUUAGAGGGAGAGCUGUAGCUCUGUGGCAUAGCGCUCGUUUUGCACGAAGGACGUCCCCAGUCCAAUAUCCGACAGCAUCCACACGUAGAGCUGGGAACUACCGUAUUUUUCGCUCUAUAAGACGCACCAGACCCCAAGACGCACCUAGUUUUUGGAAGAGUAAAACAAGAAAAAAAAUGUUCUGAAUCUCAGAAGCCAGAACAGCAAGAGGGAUCUCUGCGCAGUGAAAGCAGCAAUCCCUCUUGCUGUUCUGGCUUCUGGGAUAGCUGCGCAGCCUGCAUUCGCUCCAUGUGACGCACACACAUUUCCCCUUACUUUUUAGGAGGGAAAAAAUGAGUCUUAUAGAGCAAAAAAUACGGUAUCUCCUGCCUGAAACCCAGGAGAGAUGCUGUCGGUCAGAGCAGACAGUACUGGGCUAGAUGGCUGCUACAAUAAAAGGAUCCUGGUCUAGGAUGGGCUUUUGGGGCAUGAUCCGGCGUGGAUUCUCCUUGAACCUUGGACCUUCAUCCAGCUAAACUUUGGUUCUCUGGGACCCGCGUAAAUUCCGUUAAACCCCCCUCUUUUCCAAAGCAAUUGCAACUUCGAAACGAACAACCCUGCAGGGCUGUUGUUGAGAAUUUCCAUGCUAGUUUAUGCGGAAGCACUUGCAACCGCUGCUCUGCUGUGCGGGAUACAGCAUGGCACAGUGAUGAGAGUUCUGAAUUAGAACCCGGGACAGACCCGGGUUCGAAUCCCCACUCAGCCGUGAAACUCCCUGGUUCUGACCUUGGCCGAGUUGCUGUCUUCUCUCUGCCUAACCUACCUCACAGGGUUGUUGUUGUGGGGAUUAAAGGAGGAGGGGGAGAACCACGUGGACCACCUUGAGCUCUUUGGAGAGAGAAAAUUUCCUCCACAGCAGGGGGGGAGGGUUGGUCUGGAUAACCCUCUGGGUCCCUUCCAACGCAACAAUUCUCUGAUCUCAGCUGUACACGUGCUGCGCAUCGUGUGCGUGGCGUCAUGUAGCCACUUUCUGCCGCCACGUGGCCCCCGGAGGGUCCACGCAGGACAGAAGCGGCCCUCGACCCAGAAAAUCCGAGCUAGCCCUGCGUCGAAGCGCCAAAAAAAGGCUUUUGACCGUUCUGAGCUGACCUUGCUGUCAGAUGAGGGGGGCCCUCCUCUUUGUGAAGGCAUAUUUUGGGACUGUUCCUAACCCCCACCCCACCCUCUCCUCUGCCUUUUAUUGGCAAAGGCUAAUCUGGCAUCGCGACGGCAGGCUCAGAUCCUGUGGCCGCUGUUUCUGGAUUUGCCUGACGUCGCGGACAGCCCACAAGUGAGUCACCGCCAUCCGGGGGCUGCUGUCCUCGGCUGACUUCCGCAUUUCCAAAAGGGGCUGUCAAAAAGACCUAAAAUAAGAGGCUCUUAUCAACAGCCCUAGAAACUUCCACGCCGGCGGUGCGAGAGAGCGAGCCCAGCUUAGGACGAUUUCUCUCGCCUCUGCCACCCCUUCUACGCCCAUCCUUCGCCUCUCUGAUCGAGGUGAGUGGUUGGGGUCUCAGGAUGCGACCGACAGGUGGGAGGAAAGCCCCUCCGUCCUGAAGACAGGGCCCAUGAGGUGGACUUUGGUCUGGCCUUCCUCUUUUGUAGCCUUGCGCGGAGGCGCCGCUGCAGAUGGCCUUCUGCACUCCAAACAGAUGCACUGCAUAAUCAUCAUCAUCAUCAUCAUCUGGCUGAGUUUCCCCAGCCACUCUUGGCGGCUCCCAAUUUAGUGUUAAAAACAGUACAGCGUUAAAUAUAAAAAACUUCCCUAAACAGGGCUGCCUUAAGAUGUCUUCUGGAUGUCAGGUAGUUGUUUAUCUCUUUGACAUCUGAUGGGAGGGCGUUGCACAGGGUGGGCGCCACUACAGAGAAGGCCCUCUGCCUGGUUCCCUGUAGCCUCGCUUCUCUCAGGGAGGGAACCGCCAGAAGGCCCUCAGAGCUGGACCUCAGUGUCCAGGCAGAACGAUGGGGGUGGAGACGCUCCUUCAGAUAUACUGGACCGAGGCUGUUAGGGCUUUAAAGGUCAGCACCAACACUUUGAAUUGUGCUCGGAAACGUACUGGGAGCCAAUGUAGGUCUUUCAGGACCGUGUUAUGUGGUCUCAGCAGCCGCUCCCAGUCACCAGUCUAGCUGCCGCAUUCUGGAUUAAUUGCAGUUUCCGGGUCACCUUCAAAGGGAGCCCCAUGUAGAGCGCAUUGCAGUAGUCCAAGUGGGAGAUAACCAGAGCAUGCACCACUCUGGCCAGACAGUCUGCGGGCAGGUAGGGUCUCAUCCUGCGUACCAAAUGGAGCUGGUAGACAGCUGUCCUGGACACAGAGUUAACCUGCGCCUCCAUGGACAGCUGUGAGUCCAAAAUGACUCCCAGGCUGCGCACCUGGUCCUUCAGGGGCACAGUCGCCCCAUUCAGGACCAGGGAGUCCCCCACACCCGCCCGCCCCCUGUCCCCCAAAAACAGUAAUUCUGUCGUAUCAGGAUUCAACCUCAAUCUGUUAGCCACCAUCCAUCCUCCAACCGCCUGCAGUUGUGCUAAGGCUCUUUCUUUGCUUGCUUCAUUUUAUUUCCUUAACCUUUUCUCACCCCUUUCUCCUGUCGUCGUGAGACCCCAGGCUGCACACAUUUAUUUUCAGUAUUGACUAUUGGUUUAUGAAAGUAAGGGCACAGCAAUAUCCAAACAGCGAAAGGCAUACACAGCAGCCGUUUCGUGAUCUGCAUUUCUAACCAAUUCGGUUUUUUAAACUCUAUGGCCACAUAAUUCUGCGAGGACUUAAUUACUUUUGAACUGUUGUUUUUCAGCUUUCUGUAUUUCAUCUGUGUGGUUCUAAUUUGAGUCUUGGUCUGGGGGGGGAAAUGCGAGGUUUGAAUAAGUAAGGUAGGAACACAAGUAAUUUCACAUGCACAAUUGCCGCUGUACGCACAGCGAUGAAAAAUAAAUACAUAGAAAGGGGGCUUACCAAAGUGUUGGAAACUCUCACGAGGCUGUUGGGAAUCUGUUUGGGAGUUUCCCAAAGCCCAGAAUGCAAGGCAAAGGGCUGAAAAACAAAACCUUUUUGCAUCAGGAAAACCCUUUGUGGAAAGAGGUUUUCAGCCCUCCGCCUUGCUUUUUUAAAAAAAUUAUUUAAUCAAUUUUUCGAUACAAACAUCAACCACAAAAUACACAUACAAAAAACCCCCAUGAUAACAGUAAUAACACAAUUUGACCAUUCGGAUUUGGAUUCGCUGAUAUACCUAUGACUACACCUUUUUUAAGGGACGCGGGUGGCGCUGUGGGUUAAACCACAGAGCCUAGGACUUGCCGGUCAGAAGGUCGGCAGUUCGAAUCCCCGCAACGGGGUGAGCUCUCGUUGCUCGGUCCCUGCUCCUGCCAACCUAGCAGUUUGAAAGCACGUCAAAGUGCAAGUAGAUAAAUAGGCACCACUCCUGUGGGAAGGUAAACUGCGUUUCCGUGUGCUGCAAGCCUCAGCUUCAGGAUCUGUCCUUCCAGUGAGCACUCAGGGUUGAUUUCCUUCAGAAUGGAGAGGUUUGAUCUUCUUGCAGUCCAUGGGACUCUCAAGAGUCUCCUCCAACACCAGAAUUCAAAAGCAUCAAUUCUUUGGCGAUCAGCCUUCUUUAUGGUCCAGCUCUCACAUUACUACUGGGAAAACCAGAGCUUUAACUGUAUGGACCUUUGUCGGCAAGGUGAUGUCUCUGCUUUUUAAGAUGCUGUCUAGGUUUGUCAUUGCUUUUCUAUUCUUUUUUUUAAUAAUUUUUAUUGAAUGAUUUUAUGUUACAAAAAACAAUACAGCCAUUCUACCACUAAAUAUAAUUAAGAAAUAAAAAUUACAUACAUCAAUAUUUAAUUUGUUAUCUGUUAUUUACUGUCUUAUUUCCUCCCAAACAUUCCAUACAAAACCACACAUAUGUGCAGACACCCACACUCCCAAGAAGCGGGAAACAUAAUUAAUCCUAAAUUGUUAUCCGCCUACUUUUACUUCCUUUGUCACUCGAACGCUAGCACGGAGUCAAAACUAUUAGAGUGGUACCUCAGGUUACAUACGCUUCAGGUUACAGACUCCGCUAACCCAGAAAUAGUGCUUCAGGUUAAGAACUUUGCUUCAGGAUAAGAACAGAAAUCGUGCUCCGGUGGCGCGGCAGCAGCAGGAGGCCCCAUUAGCUAAAGUGGUGCUUCAGGUUAAGAACAGUUUCAGGUUAAGAACAGACCUCCGGUACGAAUUAAGUACUUAACCCGAGGUACCACUGUAUUGCAGUGUUGAACUUAUCUUGUAUAACCAUCGGGCUUGUUGUGUUUCUGUUUCCCCAGGUCUGCCGAGCUUUGGAAACCUCCAGCAGCCCUCCCCUGAGCCUGUCUCCCCUUGACAGCCCGUACGCCACCGUCCAAGCCUACCACCAGGGCAACACCACCGCCUCUCGCAAGAAAGUCCUCCCCGUCGUCCGAGAUUUCCUGCGGGAGUGGGACCGGCCGGCCCCCGCCACCAUGGAGCCCGAGGCCACGGCCCCGUACGGCAAGACGAGGCCGGAGCCCCGAGGCGCCGAACCCUGCGAGCGAGAGCAGGGGCCCGGCAGCCCCAGGAAGGACCCCGCGAAGCCACACCGCCUGGGGGACGACCUGGCCGCGGACGACGACGCCCCGCUGCCCCCCACGCCCAUGAACAGCCUGGUGGAUGAGUGCCCCCUCGACCGGGGUCUCCCCAAACUGUCGGCCGAGGCCGUCUUCGAAAAGUUCAGCCGCAUCGCCGAGGCUCGCUCCUCCGCGGACGACGAACCGGGGAAGAAGUGA